GUCAGAUAUUUCAACUAUAUAGACAGCUGUAAACUUGCAUCGUCUGUUCAGUCUGAGGAAUAUUCCACGAUGGAAUGUUAACGUGCCCAUUCCAUCCGGCAACAGGAAGCGACCACAUUGCUGCAUCAUGACACCAACGGCACUCUUAGCCUUAAUUGUACUGGUGAUGCCGUCACCAAUCUGGACACACUCAAGGGGUAUCCACCUUAGCUGUCCACAGGAUGGUUGGAACCUCUUGGAUGGCUCCUGUGUCAAGUUGCUGAAGGAUCAUAUACAGGGAUGGAAAGCAGCCCAGUCCUUCUGUCAAAGUGUUGGAGCACGUCUGGUCAGGCUGGAUGACCAUUGGAUGACACAGAUGGCUGGAGAGCUGGCCGAAGUCUCCAGCUUUUGGAUUGGAUUCAGCACAAAUUCACAGAAGCAGUCCACAUGGGCAGAUAACUCUGUCAGCUCUCCGUCUGUGGGCUUUUGGUCAAAUGGGUUUCCUUACCCUGCUGAAGACAAGUGUGUCUAUGUGACAAAUUCAUCCGGGUUGUAUUUGUGGAGUGAGGGGUCCUGUGAUUUACUGAUGAACUACAUGUGUCAGCGCUCUGCCUGCUCACAAGGUUCAUUUCACUGUAGCAGAGACGCCUGUAUUAAUGAGAAGUGGGUGUGCGAUGGGGUUGAUGACUGCAGGGAUUACUCAGAUGAACUUGGAUGCAGUUCAAGAUGUUCAUAUCAUCAGAAAGGCUCUGCGGGAACCAUCACACAGGGUGACCUGUCACAGGAAAUCUGCUAUUGGUUAAUUGAGGGACCAAUGGGAUCUAACAUCAAGCUCAAUAUCUCCUCGGUAAGCCCUGAUUUUAGCCUGGGUGAUUUGCUAAUAUUUGCUGGUGGAAGGACAGAGGCCUCCUCCAAACUGCUGUCCAGAGUACCCCCUGGCUCCAUCCCCCUUGAGAUCUGGAGUGCUAGUAAUCUUGUGUUCAUCAAAUACAACAAAGGAUCACAGAUCUCUUUUAUUACGGCUGAGUGGAUGGCUAUUAGUGUGGAGGCAGGGAAGUCUGGUCCAUUCUUACAGAGCUUAACGGCAGGUUCAGUAGCCUCCACUGUGUCAGUUCAUGGGACAGGUGUAGCUCUGGGUGGUCAGGAAUUUGUCUGGGUGAUGACAGCUGAAGCACCCCGUAAACUGGUUACCAUAGUGUUUGAGGAUUUCCAGUUGGUUGAUGGUGAUCUAGUUGAAGUGAUUGACGGUAAUAUGCUGGAGGCCCCAGUCCUGGUCCACUACCCCUCCAGCAUAACACAGCCGCAUGUCAUAAUAUCAACUGGGAAAAAUGUACUGGUGCAUCUUAAAACUGGAGUCUAUUCUCCAGCUCGAAAAUUUAGGUUUUCCUACAAACAAGGAUGUGAUGUUAUGCUGACAUCUCACUCUGGCAUCAUUACCUCCCCUGGCAACUUUGUUCGCAACUAUCCUGCAUUCCAGAGAUGUAGAUACUACAUCAGGCCACCCACAAAUGUUACCCUUUAUUUGGAGAAGGAAGAAUUGAGAGAUGGUGAUGUACUCAAGGUAUAUUCAGGGUUGGAUGAGAGUGGUUUUUUGUUUAACACCUCAGAACAGAAUAGUGAAAGCACCAGACUGUUUGCCUCAGACAAGCUGUUCCUUGGACUAAAUACCAACUAUGGAAAUAACUCAAAAGGCUUUAAAGCCUCCUUUUCUGUAGACUGUGAGAAGCCAAAUUUCAACCUGCACACAACACCCAAUUCAGAUAACAAGUAUUACAAGUCUAAAUUACGGAUAACCUGUGACAAAGGCUAUGGCUUCAGGGAUGAGAUGUAUCAGCCUCAAAGAACUGGCAUAAAGUACGUGGAAAUGGAAUGUCAGUUAGGAGGAAAUUGGAAUGUUCAUGUCAUUCCUCAGUGUACACCUGUGUACUGCGGCUUGCCACAGUCAGUAGAUAACGGUUAUGUGGAGACAUCAACUGGUGUUGUGUUUGGCAAAGUGACUACAUACAACUGUUUUGAUGGUUAUACUCUGGCUCAUCACAACCCAAGCAUCUGUGAGUCGGAUGGCAAGUGGACAGACCCUCCAGCAUGUAUAGCUUCAAACUGCUCAGCGCUUGAAAAAGUAGAGAAUGGCAACAUGACUGUAGAUGGAGAUGGGUCCAGUUAUUCCACAGUUGUGGAGUACACCUGUCAGGUGGGGUUUGAGAUUAUUGGAGCAAACCGUAUCUUCUGUACAUCUGAUAGCACCUGGUCACACCCCUCUCCUACAUGUUUUAGAAUGGUUACAUUUCUGCACCAGAUGAGACGUAAUUUCGGUGAUACCAUCGAUGUGAGCUGUGACUCGGGAUAUAGAUUAUCUGGUCCCGCUACUCUUAGCUGUCAGGCUAACCAGCAGUUUGGGAAUAUUCCAGAGUGCAUUGAUAUUGACGAAUGUGCCCAAGAUCAGCUGAAUAACUGUACAGGAGUGGCCAUGUGUGAGAACGAGCCUGGGAUGUACAGCUGUGCUUGUCCAUCAGGUUACACGCUGAAUAACGACAGCCUCUCCUGCUCUGAUGUAGACGAGUGUUCAGGCAAACAUUAUUGCAGCAAUGGAACAUGUAUCAACAAUGAUGGGUCGUACAGCUGUGAGUGUUUUCAUGGCUACGAGCUCUUCAGCAGCCCAGAUAUGGAAGGUUACGCCAUCCCAGACUCAGAAAAUGGAUAUCGGCCUGGAGACGUGUAUUACAUCAACCACACUUGUGUCAGAGUGAUUUGCCCCACCCCUCCUGUCCCAAACAAUACAUUGCCACUGACUGGUCAGUCACAUUAUGGGUUUGGGGACUGGAUCAGGUACAUGUGUAAACUGGGGUAUGUCCUUAGUUUUGGAGUGACGAAUCGAGAGUGUCAGGCUGAUGGCACCUGGUCCAUGGACCCACCAGUCUGCUCAGUGGCCAGGUGCCCACCGGAGGUGAUUCCUGACUGGGUGCAGAAUAGUCCUCGAGUCUCCCCAGGCAGUGAUGUUGACUACUUGAACUCGGUCACUUUAACCUGUAACAUACCCGGGAUGGAUGCCCCAGUCAUUAAACACAGAACGUGUCUGUAUGAUCAAAUGAUGAAUACCUAUCGCUUCUUUGGUGCCCCAUUUGAGUGUGGCUAUAUUGACUGUGGUGAACCAGAGGUGAUAUCAGGAGCUAAAGAUUAUAGAACCCAACUCAACAACAGCACAAUCUAUGGCCAGAGUUUCCAGGUGGAGUGUCUGCCUCUAUUCACAGUGGAUGGGGAAAGCUCAUUGGGCAACACAACAGUGACUUGUUUGAAGUCUGGCACCUGGGGGUUUAACACACUUCGUUGUUUAGGUGAAACUUGUAGUGACCCAGGACGCCCUCCUGAUGCUAUCCAGGAGGCUUCUGGCUAUGAGCAGGGUAAGAAGGUGUCCUACAAAUGUACCAGAGAAGGAUUUGAGCUGAAUGACACGACUCCAUUGAGUUGUGUCCAGGAUCCAACUGGUACAACACUUCACUGGGAUCACCCAGUUCCUUUCUGUAAAGAUAUGGAAAAGCCAAAGUUUGACAGUUGCCGAAAAUAUAUUGAGAUUGACCAGUUUGAAGAACCAGGGUUUGAUGAGCCUUAUGCCAUUGACAAUUCUGGCCUGGUGUCUGUGUUCAGUGUGCAACCUGAGGGAUUCUCACCUGAGCACAAACUGGCCGACAGCGUGGAGGUCACGUACCACGCAUCCGACGCCACUGGAAACACCGAAGACUGUCAGAUCAGUGUUCAUGUCAGAGCUUUUCAGCGGCCAGAUAUAACCUGCCCAAACACGGAGGAGGUGCUCUACCCACAUAUGACUGCUGACGUUCCUUUGAGUAAAGAUCUCGUUAACACCUCUGGAGUGGAUAUUGAGGUCACCCUGUCACCUUCCAGAAUCACCCAUUCAGACAUUGGCAAAUAUGUGACAGUGCAGGCAUGGGCAACAGAUAAAUACAACAGGGCAAAAUCCUGUAGUUUUCAAGUUCAUGUGAAGUACACUGUAUGUGCAGAGCAGCAGAUUGCCAUUCCUGUCAAUGGUGAUAGGCAGUGUAAGCCUCUGUCAUCAGUCAGCCCAACAAGCCUCUCUUGUUCUCUGACAUGUAAGCCAGGCUUCACCUUCUACCAGGAUGACCUUGAAGGAAGCUUUAAGACAAAUUGUACAGAUGGCACUGGUCAACCACAGUGGACCAACUCUGAAACACCCAAUUGUGUCUCAAUUAGUGACAGAGCUCAACUAGAGGACGUGUUUCAGUUUGAAUACCAGCCAGAUCAACCCAUGCCAGAUGACUGCAUUGAUCAGUACAGGGUUAAGCUGGUGCAGUUGUUCACACGUCUGCAGGAGUUUGUGUCUGAAAAGUGCACAUCUCUCAUAGGGGUUCCACUGAAUGCCCAAAAUUCCAUCAGUGCCACAGCUAAUGGCAGCAAGGUUUUAGUCCAUCUUACUGUACAGUACUCACCCAUUAAUGAAAGCAGUGAGCGUAUUAAGUUUUGCUCCGAUACAUUGACUGACUUAUUGUCUACGAAGGGUAUCAACCCAGACUUGGAUUACCUGCACAUGGUAGAGGCAGUAUCUCAGAACUGUUCAGCUCUUACUGGCCAGCCUCUGGGGCGAUUAAGUAAUGACUACACCUGCCCCUCACACCAAAAACUGAGAGAGGAUGCUGAAAUCUGGUGGUGCUUGAACUGUCCAGCAGGAAGCAUGAUCAGUACUGCUGGGUGUGAGGCUUGUGGGAUUGGCACAUACCAGGAAAAUGAGGGAGAGAGGAACUGUGUAAGGUGUGCUGAUGGAUUCUUCACUUACAUGGAGGGAAGGAGUAGUCUUACCCACUGUACAGCUCUUUGUCCUGUGGGUUGGUAUUCAGCAUCUGGUCUCCCCCCAUGUACCGAGUGUCCUCACAACACAUUCUGGACAAACAGCACAUCAUGUACCCAUUGUCCUGUUGGGGAGAAGACACUGGCCACUGGAUCACAUAACAUCACACAGUGUAUUGCGGCCUGCCCAAUGGGCACUUACUCUGCCAAUCAGGGCCUCCAGCCCUGUACAGAAUGCCCUCGUGGGUUUUACCAGGAUCAGGGUGGCCAGACCACCUGCAAGGCUUGUCUUGAAGGUUACACCACUAACUCAACAGGCGUAGUCAUGGCCAAAGACUGCUUCAAUGACACGGAUUUGUGCAAUACGUUCGAAUGUCACAAUGGAGGAGAGUGCCGUGUGGAAAAUCACUACCCAUACUGUCACUGCCCUCAAGGUUAUACUGGCAAAAUGUGUGAAAACAUGAUCAAUCACUGUGAUUCUCAGCCAUGUUAUUAUGGGAACAACUGCACCAGUUUUCUGAAUGGCUACUACUGCAGUUGCACAGAACCAGUGAACUCCUGCCCACAAAUAGAUGGCACAGUGAUGAGGUACAUGGUGCCUGGCUUCAGUGGGAGUGUGGCUGAUGUUUUACAACCAAGAGGAUUACAGUUAGACAAGCCCUUACUGCAGAACACAAGCUUGAUUUACACACCCAGAGACGAGGGAUUAAACAGUCAGUGUCACCUGACCAUAACAGUUACAGAUGUGAAUCCCAUUAUACUAGAAUGCCCCCAGUCAAAGGUAGAGUUUAUAUCCCGUAUUGGAGACAGCCGAUCGGUUCCUGUCUCCACUUGGGUGAAAAAGCCUCCAGGUGCUGAGGUCAUUGUUAACCCUGAGGAACUAGACAUAAGCUACUCUGACAUAGAUACGGUGAGAGAGGUGUAUGUGACAGCCACAAGAAAUAACCUUACUGCAGUCUGUUCGUUCCAGGUGUUUGUUCAAGUGGCAACUUCUUCUGAACUGAUUCUCAACUACCUGCUGCUAAAUGGUAAUGUUUCUGUUUGUGAAACAGUAAACUCUAUUGUGUCAUGUCAUUUUCGAUGUAAUGAUGGCUACAUAAUCCAUGGAAAAAAAAUCCAUCUGGGUGUAAUAGAAUUGCCAAUGGAGGAUGGGUUGAUGCUACCAGUUGUCCCUCAGUGCAUUAAACCUAUGCCAGUUGCAAAUACCACCAUUCCUGCAAAAGUGCUCUUCAAGACAGCAGAUCAGAAGGAUUUGUCAGCUGGGUGCAUGGAAGCACUUCAGAUUGCUUUUAAUGGAUGUAAGGUGCAUUUGCCUGAUGAGGUGGAGAGAAUACCAGAGGUUAUGACAAGCUGUGGGAAUGUAGACAUAAACAUAAACAAUGAUCAGCUUUGGAUGCAUCUAGGAAAUCAGGCAUCAGUGGAGUUUCAACUGAGUGUUAGCACAGCAAAUCUUGAUCUUUGCAAGGCAGCUGUGAACAAAAACUUUAAUCAGACACUGGAGAUGGAGUGUGACAAUCUGAAUUUGACUCAGAGGGAAAUAGGCUGUCCUGUGGUACAUUUGGAAAAUAUCCAAUCAACUGACAACUGUCCACCUGGAUACAAGCAAGAGGAGAACAUGUGUUUUCCUUGUCCACCUGGUACAUACUACGAAGGAAGAGACUGCAUUCCCUGUCCAUUACAUGAGUACAACGACAUGGAGGCUCAGGCAGCAUGUAAAUCUUGUCCUGUUUCCAAAGGAACUAGACAGAUGGGUAGCACUGUAUCGAGUCAGUGCAAAGCAUUUUGUUCGGGCCCAUAUACGUCUGAGACUGGUCUGCCUCCAUGCAAUGAGUGUCCUAUUGGUUACUAUUUUGUUAACCGCACAACCUGUGAGAAGUGUCCUGAUGGUACCAGCACGGAAAACCCUGGGGCCCAAGUCCAGGAUAAGUGUGUGGAAAUGUGUCCCAGAGGUACCGUCUCUGUCCGUGGGCUGGUACCUUGCUAUGAAUGUCCUCCUAACUAUUUCCAAAGUGCCAUAGGAAAGAGUACUUGUGAAGAGUGUCCUGAAAAUACAACAACAACCACGUAUGGCUCAACCAGUGCAGACGAUUGCAAGGAUGCUGCUCUUGUGUACUGUAACCAGUCUCUGUGCGCUAAUGGUGGUAGCUGUAUUUCAAGGGGAAAUGGCUAUAUGUGCAAAUGCCCAGAAGGGUUCUUUGGAGACAAUUGUCAGCAGGAGAAGCUGUUCUAUGGAGAUGACUGUCAGUUUGAGCGUAACGAUUGUGGAAGAGAAGAGAGAUGUGUCAAUGGAGGGAUGUGCCAGGAUUUGCUAGGGAACUUCACCUGUCUCUGUCCAGCAGGAUUCUCGGGCAGAAGAUGUGAGCUGCCGAUAAAAGUGUGUGAGCAGUUUCCUUGUGUCAAUGGUAGCUGCCAGGAUUUGGGUGGUGUCCGCAGGACUUGUUUCUGCCUGCCGGGGUAUGCAGGCAAAGAUUGUGAUGUCAGCAUAGAUGACUGUGCCUCAUUGCCUUGUCUGAAUGGAGGUCGCUGUAUAGACGCCCUGAACAACUAUAGCUGUGAGUGUCUGCCAGGCUUUGAGGGCAGGCAUUGUGAACAACGCUUAGAUCUGUGCCUGGGCCAGAACUGUGAUAGCUCUGGCCAGUGUAUAGAUGACCAUGUGAACAACACCCAUGUGUGUAUUUGUAAAGAUGGCUAUCAACCAAUAGAUGCGAACUGGUCCAGCUGUAGUCCUGUGGAUGGAUGUAGCUCUAAUCCCUGUACUGGGAUGGGCAGUACAAAAUGUUCCAGUUCUGGCCCAGGGAUGUAUGACUGUGUGUGCAAGGAGGGAUAUGGAGGCUCCUUAUGUCAGCACAAUUUGGAUGACUGUGGCUCAUGUCAGAAUGGAGCCACAUGUGAGGACCUUGUGGCUGACUACAAAUGCCACUGUGCUGACGGGUUUGAAGGUAAGGACUGUGAUGUUAAUAUUGAUGACUGCGUCAACAACGGGUGUGACUUGGAGGGGACUUUCAACUGUACAGAUCUGAUCAACGACUACCUGUGCAACUGUAAACCAGGGUACAGCAGCAAAAACUGCUCAGUGAAGGUGAAUGAGUGUGAAAGUUUCCCUUGUAAACAUGGAGGUAAUUGCACAGACCUGGUGAAUGACUUCUUCUGUGAGUGUUUGCCUGGCUGGCAGGGUAAGCAGUGUGAAGAGGCGACCAACAGGUGUGAGGAAUCUCCCUGUCAGAACAAGGGAGAAUGUGUCAGCAUAUUCAACACCUACUUCUGCAGAUGUAGCGGCAAUAAGACAUACGGAGGACAGUGUGAGUUUCCCCCAGGUGGAUGCACCAGUGUCCAGCCCUGUCUGAAUGGUGGUCAAUGCUCUGAUGAUGAUGACACAGUUGUCUGCUCCUGCCCACGGCAAGGAGGAGGUACUUACAGUACUACUGAAUUCCAUUUACAGUUGAUCAAAUUUGGCAUACACAGUAAUGGGUGCGAGAGCCGGGCAGAUCUGUUUCGGGAUGGCAGCUGCCAAAAUGGAGGAUCACCUGUGGUAUCUCCAUCAGGAACACUUACCUGUUCAUGUAUGUCAGGCUACACUGGAACCCUGUGUGACAUCAAUGUGGAUGACUGCCUGCAGAAGACUUGUCCUGGAGGGCUUUGUGUUGACGCUGUGAACACGGCUUUCUGCAGGUGUCCCGUGGGGUGGACAGGUGACACGUGCACAGAAGCUAUUGAUGUGGAUUAUGACCUGUAUUUCUACUCCUCAACCAAGACCGGCCAAGCAUCUCUACCUUACCCAAUAGCCCUAGAUUUGGCAUCAUUUACAUUCUCCUUUUGGGUCAGGUUUCAAGAAGCGGAUUCCACAGGAACUUUUUUCAUGGCAUUUAAAAUCAUGAAAGGGAUGAAGUGCCCUGGAAAGUUAGUACAGGUCAGCUCUGAGGGCUUGACGCUCUCUAUCCCCAGUGUGAGUAACUUCACCAUCAGAUAUUCAAACGUCCUGAGGGUGAACGAUGGACGCUGGCAUCAUGUGACCAUAGACAGUCACUACGAACAGGGUGCCUACAAUGUCCGCUUUACCACAGACGGGUCAACUGUAGGCACCGAAUCCAUUGCCACGGAUGUUAGUCCACUGGAUGAAUCCAUUUGGAUUACCCUGGGGAAUGAGUAUGAUCCCUGCCUUGAGAAGCCAGUGGAUGGACAAGGGUUUAAUGGGUACAUUAGCCAGGUGAACCUGUACAACAGGGCAUUAGACUUCGACACGGAGAUUCCACUGAUAGCCGAGAACACCACUGCAGUUCUAGCCGGAGUGGUGUUACGCUGGGCAGAGUUUGCACUCUUCCCGGGAGUGAACAGGGUACAGGGCAGCUCUGCUACACCCAAGGACGAGAUAUGUCCAGAAGGCUUUACUGGUCUGACAUGCUCAAUACGCACAUACUCAGAUAGGAGCAUGCCCCAGACGCCAAUGUGCCCGUCCAAUGUGGAGUUGUACUCAGAGGACAGAGUGACCACGGUACACUGGGAACCUCCCCCCACAACAGAAAAUAUCCACCUGAGAUCGAGCGCCGGGACGGGCGAGAGUUUCUUAUGGGGUCGCCACUUGGUUAUUUACGAGGCUAAAAAUGAUGAGAAUUCCACAGCCAUCUGUUCUUUUAUUGUUUUUGUCAAAAAUGAUGUGUGUAACAUGACGUUAGGCCCAGACCGUGGCAGCUACGAGAAGAACAUGUACCUAAGUUACACUAACUUUGAGCUGAUGUGCUCUAGUAACAACCUGACGCUCACCCGCCCCACCCCAGACUUCUACACCUGUGGACCCUCAGGAAAUCUGGACACAAGGACUCCCCAGAAGUAUUUACCAUACAGAUUCCCUUCCUGUGGAAGAUUUGACAUGUUCUUGUUUGUUUCAACAGAGGUGAAGUCCCCUGUGGGUGUGAAGCUUAUGAUAACUCUGAAGUACACGUUUAAUUUGGUUUGUGAUGAAAAAGCUAGAGAGGUGAUCAUAUCUAGGAUACUAGGACGGCUGCAGAUACUGAACCAAGCCUAUGGCAGUGAGUUAUGCCAGUCAUCAGAUUGCUCUGAUGUUCAGGUUUCUGACAACUGUUCAAUCACAUCAGUGCGCAGGAAGAGAGCCACAACUAGUGAUCUCCUCCUCAACAUAGAAAUACCAUAUGCCAAAUCACUUGUUGUAAACAAUGGUGAAGCUAUUUCACCUGGAGCAGUUAUCCAGGAAGACAUCACAGAGGAUGGUUUUGACUUUAAGGACGCUCUGUCAGGCAUUUAUCUGAAUGAGGACACUUAUGAUGUUGAUGUUACCCCUCAGUGCCCACAAGGGGAAGGCCUCGUUGAUGGGAUUUGUGUUUUAUGUGGGCGGGGCUACGAGCACAGUGCACUGAUUCAGUUAUGUGAGGCGUGUCCUGUCGGUGAAUAUAAGGACGAUGGACAAGCAGCUUGCGUGAGCUGUGGGACUGGGUUUACAACCAUGACCCCAGGCUCCCCAUCACAAGCAGAUUGUAAAGAAUCUUGUGGUGUAGGUCAUUACUACAAGGACAGUGGCUGUGUGCCCUGUGAGGUAGGAUUUUACCAGCCCACCCCUGGCCAGUUUGUCUGCCUGCCCUGUGGGGUGGCACAAACCACCUUAACAGAGGGCUCUGAUGCUCAAGAAGAUUGCUUCAAUAAGUGCGAUGCUGGGUUUGAACUGGUACAAACAGGUGACUGCGAACCGUGUGACAUUGGGUUCUACCGCCCUCAGGAUGCCGAUUCUAACUGUGUGAGCUGCCCAGUAGGGUGGGUGACACCUACCAAACAGUCAGCAGCACUGGAGAACUGCACUGUGGUGGACUGUGCAGCUGGUUACCGUGCCAGUGGCAGUGACUGUGUGAUUUGCCCACAAGGAACAUACCAGCCUAUGCCUUACCAAGAUAUUUGUCUGCCAUGCCCUGGAAAUAACAGCACUCGCUCAGCAGGCUCCAUAAGCCUGUCUGACUGUGAAAGUUAUUGUCCCUCUGGAGAGGAGAAACAGGCUGACUCCUCCUGUCAGAGCUGUGAUGUAGGCUUCUACAAGGACAACACUGAGGAUUUGUUUGGGGAGUGUACACUGUGUGCAGAGGAGUUCAUAACGGCAGGACUGGGAGCAGACUCCGCCUUAAACUGUUCCAUUCGGAACUGCUCAGUGGGAACCUUCAGGAACACAUUAAAUGAGUGCGAACCAUGUGGGGUAGGGUAUUACCAGCCAGAGAAGUGGCGGGAGAGUUGCAUCCUGUGUCCUCAAGACAAAGUCACAGCCAUGGAGAGGUCAACCAGCAUCACAGAAUGCACCAUCAAUAGCUGCCACCCAGGCAGGCAGGAGAUCAAUGGGACAUGUGUGCCCUGUGAAGUGGGUUAUUACAAGAGUAGCUUUGGUACUGGACCAUGUGUGCAGUGCUCAGGGACUUUCAUUACCAUGGACAAAGGAGCUACAAGCCCGAGUGAUUGUGAUAUAGUGGCGUGUGAUCCAGGACACUACAACAACAGCAAUCAUUGCUCUCCCUGUCCUUAUGGGCAGUAUCAGCCUAAUAAGUGGAAGAAUGACUGUCUUACCUGUGACCCAGGAACAGUUACCUUGGUACUAGGGGCUAUAAUGAAGUCUGAAUGUGUAGAGGACUGUGACAAGGGGACAGAAUACAACAUUGAUACCCAGACAUGUACCCAGUGUGAGAGGGGAUUGUACAGAGACAAGGCUAGCCUGUCACAAGUCCAGUGUGUUAGCUGUCCUGAUGGCUGGGUCACCCCCACCCAUGGGGCCAAGAGGACAGAGGACUGUGAUAUGCGUAACUGCAGUGCUGGGACUUUCUGGAAUUCCACAUCUAGUGAUUGUGUCAAAUGUCCAAAGGGUCAGUACCAGCCCGAGGUGUGGUCGUCCAGCUGUCUGAAGUGUCCUGCUCAGACCACUACCAUAGAGGAUGGAGCUGACAAGAGUUCAGACUGCCUGGCUGUGUGUAGCCCUGGUCAGGGCGGGGAGGGCGGGGUGUGUCGGCCAUGCCCUAGGGGAACCUACAAGGAGGGUGAAUUGGCUGGGCUAUGCAUAACCUGUCCCACAGGCACAACAACUGCUGCUGAGGGCACAGACCUCAAAGAUAAAUGUAACCUGACUGCGUGUGAUCCUGGUUCGCACAGAGACAGUCAGCAGAACACCUGUAUACCAUGUGGUUAUGGUCAUUACCAGCCUGAGAAGUGGCAGGAUAUGUGUCUGUCGUGUCCCCAGGGAAAGACAACCCUGUCUAUGGGGAACACCCAGGAGAAGAGUUGUGUGGCUGAUUGUGCCGAGGGUUCAGAGUACAGUAGCAAAUCAAAAGUGUGUGUGGAGUGUAAACGUGGGUACUACAGGGAUAAAUCCAGCCCGUCCCAAACUGCCUGUGUCAUUUGCCCGGAUGGCUCGAUCACUCCAGGCCCAGGGAGUAGUCGUAGGAUUGACUGUGGUGUAGCUAACUGCACUGAACCUGGAACGUUUCUAAACACUGUUAAAAAUGAAUGUGAAGCCUGCGCAAAGGGAUUCUACCAGGGUACCAAAUGGCAGGAAAGUUGUAUUGAAUGUGGCCAUGGGCUGACAACACGGGAAAAGGGAAGUACGGAGCGGUCAGACUGUGUAGUCUUUUGCCCGAGUGGUCAGGAGCUUGUGGGUAACAGUUGUGUGGUGUGUGCCAGAGGCUUCUACAAGAGCAAUGCAGAGGGGUUGUUUGGGAGGUGUAAGGCCUGUCCCACAGACAUGAUAACUCCCACUACUGGAGCUACUGCUCCUGUAGACUGUACACAGAGGAACUGCUCUGCAGGAUAUAAGCUCACUACUGUUCAAGGAUCGCAGAUCUGUGAACUGUGCCCUCUAGGGACAUACCAGCCUGACAAAUGGCAGACAGAGUGUCUAGCCUGUCCAGGGGGAAAAUCCACUCUCCACAAGGGAGCCAUAUCUGAUCAGGAAUGCAACAUACUCUGCUCCCCUGGUGAGGCUAUAUCAGAUGGCUCCUGCUCUCUUUGUCCCCGUGGAUACUACAGUAGUGGUGGGGUGACCGUUACCUGUGAGGCCUGCCCUGAAAAUACCACCACUCUGGGGGUGGGAUCUAAACAACAGGAUGACUGCAGUCAGACUGCCUGUCACCCUGGCCAAUACAGAACACAAACCAACACCUGUCAGCUCUGUCCUUUGGGGAUGUACCAGCCUGAGAAGUGGCAGGAUAAGUGUUUGAUCUGUCCCCAAACUCAAACCACAAUCAAGCAGGGAGUAAAGUCACAUGCUGAGUGUGUUGAGAAAUGUCCUGCAGGUAACAAAUUUGAAGACUCUUCGAAAACUUGUACUCCAUGUGAGAGGGGCAGUUACAGGGAAGAUGGAAUGCCACAGGCUGAAUGCGUCAGAUGUCCAAUAGAGUGGAUAACCCAGACUACAGCCUCUCAGUUCAGCAGUGAUUGUGACAUAGCCAACUGUACCAGUCCUGGGACGUACCAUAAUGUGGAAAAGAAAACAUGUGUCCCAUGUCCUGAGGGUUCAUACCAGAAUAUUAAAUGGCAGGAGAGUUGUGUAGAUUGUCCUGCUGGUUCCACGACAAAUGGUAUAGGGGCCACUGAAUGUAUAGAUAUUUGUAAGAUACCAAAUUACUGCCAGAAUCAAGGAACCUGUCAGAGCGGUAUAAACGCUCACUGUGUUUGUACCACAGUGUAUACAGGCAAAAGGUGCCAAACCCGCAGAGCUGCUGAAACCUUGGGUCAGAAUCAGGCAACCAUCGUCGGCAGUGUGAUUGGCACUGUCAUUUUCCUCAUCGUGGUGGUAUUAGUCAUCAUGGGUGUUUGUAUCAUCAUGAGACGGAAAAAGCGUGUGAAUCGCCGUUUGAAGAGAUCUGAGAGCUCUACAUUUAUGGGUGCUCCACACAUGAUCACUGAUCCUUACUACUAUGGGGACAGGUCUAUGGCCGGCUCAAUCGAGAUGGGCCGCAGUUUCCUUAAGCUGUCAGGACCAGAGGAAAAUGUCGGAUAUGAAUUCCGUGGCUUUCAGAAUACAUCUGUGGAUGACCAGGACUUUGCUGUGUAUGAUCCCAGUGGAGACAGAGACAAGGUCUGACAAGUGAUGAUUCUCCAUGAAAGAGUUUCAAAAUAGGCUUUUCAUCAAUCAUAAAUUGUUGGAAAAAUUAAAAUGCUGUGCUUCGUAAAUGUAAAUAUAGGCUACACUUUCAUGGUUGUGAUGUUACAAGUUUACUAUUUCUGGAACAGUUCUUAUUGACUUCAGUGGUAUUCCUAUUUUGUGUGAUUAUUGUUUUGCCACAUAAUGUUAUCUAACUAGAUUGUAUAUUUUGGUAGCUCUUUUUUUGUCAGAGCGCUGUUGAAAUUCAGGUUGAAUAUUCUCGAAAGUAAGCUUUCUUAAUGUAGUCUCCAUUAUCAAGUUAUUUCAUAUUACUAAUAUAAAUAUAUAUAGAUAGAUAUAUAUAUAUACAAGAAGUAUUCAUACGCUCAGACUACUGAAUAGACAGAUCUUGUAUUUGUAUUCACAUUGACAAUAUCACAUAUAUUAGAAAAGUGAUCUCUAUAAAUUUUAAACUAUCUGUUAUUCUAAUUCUUUACUUCAUAACUUAAUCUGGAAAGCCAUGCAUGUUACCCACAUAAUAUAAUAUUUACUGUUGGCAAACUUUGCCUAAAAGACUAUGUUCAUUGUGUUAUAUUGAUGCUUUUAAUAAAUAUACGGUAUAUA